GGAGGCGGGGGCUUGGUAUGCGAGCGAGUGUGUGAGGGGAGGGAGGUGUCCCGGCCGAGCGUGGUACUACGGCGGGCGCGGGCCGGAGGGGGCGGGGGGAUGCGCCGCGGUGGCGGCGCGGGCGCGGGCGCUGGGCUGGGGCUUGGCCGCGCCAGAGCAGCGGAUCCCGGUGUCGUCGCGGCAGCUGCGCGGGUGUCGCGCCGGGUCGGAAGACGCCGUGCCACAGCGCUCCCCCACUUUUUUUUUUUUUUUUUGAAUAACCGGAACCAAUGAACGCGGCGGGGAGCCGAGCUCCGCGGGCUGCCGGUGAAGGGAGCUGGCUAGCGCCCGGCGGGAGUCCGUUUCCGAGGCGGCGGGGCCCGGGGCAGCUGGCGGCGAGCGAGUGGCCGGCGGCUCGUGGGAGCGCUCCUCCCGCCGCGGCACCGGGUCGGGCCUCGGGCUGCCCUCUCCGGCGGCGCUGGGCUUCCCUGCUGCUCUUCGGGCUGUUGGUGGCCGGCGCGGCGGACGGAUGCGACCUGGUGCCCCGGCACCUCCGCGGGCGGCGCUCGUCGGGGUCGGCCGGAGCGGCUGCGUCUCCUUCGGCUGCGGCUGCGGGCGAGCGCCAGGCGCUGCUGACAGAUCCCUGUAUAUCACUGAGCCCACCGUGCUUCACUGAAGAAGACAGAUUUAGUCUGGAAGCGCUUCAGACAAUCCAUAAACAAAUGGAUGAUGACAAAGACGGUGGGAUAGAAGUGGACGAGAGUGAUGAAUUUAUCAGAGAAGAUAUGAAAUAUAAAGAUGCUACAAAUAAACAUAGUCAUCUUCACAGAGAAGAUAAGCACAUAACUGUUGAGGAUUUGUGGAAACAGUGGAAAACUUCAGAAGUUCAUAAUUGGACAGUUGAGGAUACCCUGCAGUGGUUGGUAGAAUUUGUUGAACUUCCGCAAUAUGAGAAGAAUUUUAGGGAUAAUAAUGUGAAGGGAACAACACUUCCCAGGAUAGCAGUUCAUGAAACUUCAUUUAUGAUUUCCCAGUUGAAAAUCAGCGACCGGAGUCACCGACAGAAACUUCAACUCAAAGCACUAGAUGUGGUUUUGUUCGGGCCUUUGACACGCCCACCUCAUAACUGGAUGAAGGAUUUUAUUCUCACUAUUUCCAUAGUAAUUGGUGUUGGAGGGUGUUGGUUUGCUUACACACAAAAUAAGACAUCAAAGGAACAUAUUGCAAAAAUGAUGAAAGACCUAGAGAGUUUACAAACUGCAGAGCAAAGUCUCAUGGACUUACAAGAGAGACUUGAAAAGGCACAGGAAGAAAACAGAACUGUUGCUGUAGAAAAGCAAAAUCUAGAGCGAAAAAUGAUGGAUGAAAUCAACUAUGCCAAGGAGGAGGCCUGUCGGCUGAGAGAGCUGAGGGAAGGCGCAGAGUGUGAGCUGAGCAGACGCCAGUAUGCAGAACAGGAGCUGGAGCAGGUCCGCAUGGCUCUAAAAAAGGCUGAAAAGGAGUUUGAGAUGAGAAGCAGCUGGUCUGUUCCCGAUGCGCUUCAGAAAUGGCUUCAGCUAACACAUGAAGUUGAAGUACAGUACUACAAUAUUAAGAGACAGAAUGCUGAGAUGCAGCUAGCCAUUGCUAAGGAUGAGGUUGCUGCCUCCUAUCUGAUGCAGGCAGAAAAAAUUAAAAAGAAGAGAAGCACAGUCUUUGGGACCCUGCAUGUUGCACAUAGCUCCUCCCUGGAUGAAGUAGACCACAAGAUUCUGGAAGCCAAGAAAGCACUCUCUGAGCUGACAACGUGUUUGCGAGAGCGGCUUUUUCGUUGGCAGCAGAUUGAGAAGAUCUGUGGCUUUCAGAUAGCUCACAACUCUGGGCUCCCCAGUCUCACCUCCUCUCUGUACUCUGACCACAGCUGGGUGGUGAUGCCUAGAGUCUCCAUUCCACCCUACCCUAUUGCUGGAGGCGUGGAUGACUUAGAUGAAGACACACCCCCAAUAGUGUCACAGUUCCCAGGGACCGUGUCUAAACCUGCUGGGUCUUUAGCCCGAAGCAGUAGUUUAUGCCGCUCUCGUCGCAGCGUUGUGCCAUCCUCCCCACAGUCCCAGCGAGCUCAGCUUCCUCCCCAUGCUCCGCUGGUAUCCCACCCUCGGCUUCCUCACCAUGCCCAGCAUCCCCAGCACUCAUUACCUUCCCCAGAUCCAGACAUCCUGUCCGUGUCAAGUUGCCCUGCUCUGUAUCGGAACGAAGAGGAGGAGGAGGCCAUCUACUUCACUGCUGAAAAGCAAUGGGAAGUACAGGACACAGCUUCAGAGUGUGACUCCUUAAACUCCUCCAUUGGGAGGAAACAGUCUCCCCCUUCAAGCCUUGAGAUAUACCAAACAUUGUCUUCUCGAAAGGUAUCAAGAGAUGAGCUUUCCCUGGAGGAUUCCUCCAGGGGAGAUUCGCCAGUAACAGCAGAUGUCUCCCGGGGCUCCCCUGAGUGUGUGGGUCUGACAGAAACCAAGAGCAUGAUCUUCAGUCCUGCCAGCAAAGUGUACAAUGGCAUCUUGGAGAAAUCCUGUAGCAUGAACCAACUUUCUAGUGGCAUCCCGGUGCCUAAACCUCGACACACAUCAUGUUCCUCAGCUGGCAAUGACAGCAAGCCAGUUCAGGAAGUCUCGAAUGUUUCCAGAAUCAGCAGCAUCCCACAUGACCUUUGUCACAAUGGCGAGAAAAGCAAAAAGCCAUCAAAAAUCAAAAGCCUUUUCAAGAAGAAGUCUAAGUGACUCAAUGACUUGAUGGAAUUCCAUUCAAGUGGCAUCUGUGAACUCUAUCUCCCACCCUCCACUCCGUUUUUAUUUUAAUUUUAGGAAUGUAAUUCCAUUGGGGCUUUCCAGAGUUGAUACUAUAGUGGAAAUGUCCGUAAGGGCAACUGUCUACUGUCUGCUGAUUUAACAAACUAUACCAUCAAUUCAUCAAGUCAGACAUUACUGAAGAGUCAUCAAGAGGAGACAGUUUACAGUUAUUUCCACCUAUUUAUUUCUGCAUUGAUGUUAGUGAUGUAUACACAGCAUUCUGUUGAAAGCCGCUAUGGACUUACAAGCUUUAAUGGACUGUAAGCCAGCAUGGGCUUGCAAAAAUUUCUUGUUUACCAGAAUAUCUUCUUAUCUUUCCACAGAGCUGUUUCCAUCAUGGACUAAAUAACUUAAAAGAAGUAAAACUAAUUGCACUACUGUUUUCCAGACUGGAAAAAAAAAAUCUCUGCAAGUAAAACUGUAUAGAGUUUAUAAAAUGACUGUGGAUAGGGGACUGUUUUCACUUUUAGAUCAAAAUGGGUUUUUAAGUAGAAACUAGAGUUUCUAAUUGACUUGCUUUCUGGAAAUGAAAACCCACACUUUUGUUAUGGGACGCUUCUUCAAAUGCAUUUAUUAUUAUAAAGUUUCAAGUCCUGCUGUAAAGAUCAUGUUGUUUUGUUUUCCCCAGGGCUUUCACUGUGAUUUACUGCACUGCAGGCUGUAUGAUAAAAUAUAAAUAAUGUAAAGGAGAAGGCUCUUGAUUCCUUAUACAAGUGGAAGAGUUAAAACUUGAUCGAAGGACUUAAAACAUUCACAUGCUUAAACUGAGGCAAGGGUGGGGAGUCAGGCACUUGUUUACAGACUUUGAAUAAAUGCAAAGGAUUUAUGGUUUGAAAAAUUUAUACUGUGGAAACGAUAAUAAAUUGGAGACAUUAUUAUGUGGGAUUGUGCUGAUUUUUGUUGAUAACACUCCAGUAAAAACACUGUUCUUUGAAUAGCUAUGUAAGCUGUCCUGUUGCUUAAUUGCAGUAUAAUAGUGAUGUUUUGGAAUUAAGUUGUCAACAAAUUUCUUUGUUUUAUAUUGUUUGUCAUAUUUUUAUGUAGUUUGAAAUGUUUAAAUGUUCUAAUAUCAAGAUUAACAAAUAUAUAUUUAUGGUGCAUUUAGAUUGCGUUGUAUCAGUUUGUAAAGUGUGAAAGACCAGCCUGAGAGCAGUGUCACAUCGAACAACCGCACGUGAACAUCUUCAGUUUCCUCUUUCUCAGCUCUUAGAACCUCACUCAGAAUUAUCUGGAAAUGCAAUGAGGAUGUGUGCUUGGGUGAAAUCUGAUACGUGUUAACUAGAAUGUUUUUGGCGGUGGC